AUGACCUCUAUGGUCACCAAGAUGUUCUACUCUUAUUUCCACCCCGAGCACUACUUUUUGUCCAACACAACCCCCAACCCUGUGUAUACACUUUGGUUCCGCCAGGAUCAACUUAUCCAGAAUGCCCUUAUGGCGUCUGUUGAGCCUACAAUUGCCUCAACGGUUGCUGCUGCCAACAUAUCCAAACAGGCUUGGGACUCCUUGCACACUGCUUAUGCAAACAAGUCCCAAACUCGGAUCUUCAGUCUUUGUGAUCAGCAUGCACGAAUCACUAAAGACACCAUUCCCAUUACCGAGUACCCUCAGCGUAUUCGGUCCCUUUUAGAUGAACUUGCCACAGUAGGUGCCCCGGUCACUAACUCUGAACUUAUCGUCAAAAUCCUAAGUGGACUUGGCCCUGAGUUUCGUGAGAUCUCGGCUGACAUACGAGUACGUGACACCACAAUCACCUAUGAAGAACUAUAUGAAAAACUGCUUGACCAUGAGCUCUAUAUUCGUCACGAGGAAGCUAAGAAAACCCACAAUCCUAUCACAGCAGCGGUUGCCACUCACAACAAAUCGAACAACAAUUCCAACAAUCGCAACAACCGUCGUCAAUCCUACAACAACAACUCUCAACCAUGGCGAUAG